GCCAUGGCGACCGCGACCUUUGCCGCCCUUUUCACCGACCAUGUGAUGCGUCGCAGUGCCGGGCUCCUCCUCCAGGCCCUGGCGCGCAGCGAGCCGCAGGCAGUUGCAGUGGCACUUCCGCGCGGACUGCGCGAGGGCUUCGCCGCCUUGCUAUGGCUUGCACCGCAAAAGCUGGUGAUGGGUACGGCUCUACCAAGUGACGUCUCCUCCAAUGCCUUCGCUGCCUCUGGGCGGAGCUGCCGCGCGAAGUGGAUCCAAUCUCUGCUGCUGGAGCUGCAGAGUCCGGACUUCUGCGAAGGCGACUUCCCGGUACUUCCAGCCGAGCUCUCCGGCCGUUGCCUGCGGCGCCUGGCGCCCUUCGGCGGUCGAAGAAAGGCCGAG